UCAGCUGAAGAUAUCAAGUCAUGGGAAAACAAAUAAUGUUGGAGCCAUUUGAUCUCACGCAAACUCCUUAAAUCUGUUGAAAAUAAAAUACGACCUCUAAUCAACUGUUACUUGUAGUGGGAAACAAUCACAUCUAGUUUUCAUCUUUUCUCGGGGACAUUGAGGAUUCCAGACAUGUGUUACAGGGAAGGUUUGUUGGUUGUUUCUGUGCUGAGUUUGGUGGGGAUUUCUGUUGGACUACUGGCGGACACUACCGACAUGUGUGAUAUCCUCCGAGUCAUUGACUGUGAUCAUCAUUACCAUUCCAGUGGGGACGAGACUCUGUGCUGUACGGACGGACACACCUACAGUAACAAGUGUUUGUACGUACAGGCAAAGUGUGAUAACGUGAGAUUGGAGCCAAUGCACAGCGGGCCUUGUACGGAGGCGGACAAGAAACCCCGCGUUGACAAUAUGACGACGGACGGUCCAGCGGUUGUCUCAGCUUCAGACAACUUCACCAUCACCCCAGAAUUCUGUGCCGACACCCGACCCUGUCCCAUCAACCUCAAUCCAAUAUGUGGAAACAACUAUAUAUUUUACGUGAACUUAUGCGACUUCAACAAAGCUAAGUGCAAAGACUCCAGUCUACAGAGGAUACAGCUGAGUGACUGUAAGGACCCCAGCACCUUACCGCCCUUCUUCAACAAAUACAGGAAUGUGCGCAAGCGCAAGCAAAGAAAGGGCAACAGGAAAUUAUAAACUGGAAAACUCAUUUAAAAACAUCGUUGAUUUGAUAAAAAAAUCAAGUAAAAAUUAAAUGAAAGUAUUAUUUAAGAUAAGGAAUAUUGUCACAAUUUGUAUGUUUUGUGAACCACCCCGAGGAAAACAAUAAAUAUAUAUGAUUAAGACAUUAAACAUUUAAUCGCAGGUUAUCUAUUUAUAUGCAAUAACUUUUUCGCCGCAAGAUAUGUGAAAUCACAGUGGCGUAAAGUAGAAAUAAUUUGAUUGUACAGCUUGGAAAUACAGAUUAUUUUAUGACUUAUAGAAAAUCAUGCAUAGCUCUCCUUGCAAGAAGUGUUUUGUUUGUUUUAAAAAUAAAAAUUCUUACUUCUUUUCA